UCAAGGCAAAAAGGUGCAACCAUAAUCGAUAAGUUGGAGAUAGAAAACAUUGAUAUCAUUCUGGAUCCUUAUCAGAGUGGAGAAGCAGUCGCACUAUUAAGUGAGUUUAAAGUCAACAUAAAGGAAUAUCUCAAGGAGCUAACAAAAUCGCCUGUGAGGUCUCUUGCAGACAUCAUUGCCUUCAACUCGAACAACCCUGAUUUGGAAAUGAUUAAGGAAUAUGGGCAAGACGAGUUUCUUAUAUCGGAGACGACGAGUGGCAUUGGAGAAGACGUGUUGAAGGCAGUGGAGUUGAUGAAGAAAUUGUCAGAAGACGGAUUCGAGAAACUAAUGAAGGAAAAUGAGUUAGAUGCAAUGGUGACACUGGGAUGGGGUGCUUCGACAGUGCUGGCAAUUGGAGGUUACCCAGCAAUUACUGUGCCCGCUGGUUAUGAAAGCGAUGGAAUGCCCUUUGGUAUCUGUUUCGGAGGAUUAAAGGGUGCUGAGCCCAAGUUGAUUGAGAUUGCUUUUGCUUUUGAACAAUCUACCAAGGUGCGAAGAGCUCCACCGGUCUUGAAAGUGGGAUAUUGAGGAAUAAUUCCUGAAAAACGACGUGAGAAUGGAUUAUUAAUGUUUGCUGAGGGUGAACUACCAUUUUCUACAUUGUAGUUUAACACUUUAUCGAAUUGGUGUCUUUGUUGCUGAAAAUCACUAAAAUAGUCAUUUAAGGCCUCCAGAAAUUAAAUAAUACAAAGAUCUAGCAAUAAAAAACAAAUUUUGAGACGCACGUCAGCUGCUUUGAAAAUU